AGUGAAACCCUGAUUAUGCCCAUGUAAAGAUGCUUUUCAUUCACAUAUUGCUAGCGAUGUUUGUCCAAGCGGUGUUUGUGGAGAGUCUCCACUUCAAGAGAGACUCCGAUAGAUCCCAGUUCUUGGUGUCCAAACUCCCAGGACUUCAGGAAAACUUUAAGGAUCUGGAGAUUCCUUUGAUGUUCGCAGGACAACUAGAAUUGUACAAGGAAAACGAUACUCAUUUGUUUUUUUGGAAGUACUCCGACAACAACAUCGAACCGGAGUAUAAGAAGAGAACCAUCUUCUGGCUUAAUGGCGGGCCUGGCUGCUCGUCGAUGGACGGGGCGUUAAUGGAGGUGGGUCCGUUCCGAAUUGAUUCCAAUUUGAAAGUCACCAAGAACCCCGGUCUGUGGCACCAGGCCGGUGACGUGGUAUUUGUGGACCAACCUGCCGGAACCGGGUUCAGCUACUCCAAGGAAUUUGACCACGACUUGGACCAGGUGCUGUGGCAAUUUUUACGGUUUAUGGAAGUGUACUUUGAGAUGUUUCCUGAAGAUGCUGACAACGAGAUCUACUUUGCUGGUGAGAGCUACGCAGGCCAAUAUAUUCCCUACAUUGCCGAUGGAAUUUUGAAACGGAACAAGAACUUGAAGGAAGGCCAAAAUCCCUACAAUUUGAAAGGGUUGUUGAUUGGUAACGGGUGGAUUGCGCCUGACGUACAGAGUUUAUCUUACUUGCCAUACGCGGUGGCGGCGGGUAUAAUAAACACCAACCACCCGGCAUGGACCAAGAUCCUCAAGCAGCACGAAAAAUGUCAGAAUGCCGCCAAUAACAUGAAUGGGGACAGCUUAAGUGACUUUGCUAUUGUUGACGAUAUCUGUGAGGGCAUUUUGACAACUCUUCUUUAUGAGACCAAAGACAACUCGGCCGCGGCCAACCAGCAAUGCUUCAACAUGUACGACUACACGUUGAAGGAUUCAUACCCUUCGUGUGGAAUGAACUGGCCGCCAGAUUUAGUGAACGUGAACCCAUUUUUGAACUCACUCGACAACCAAGCAUCGUUAAACUUGAUUUUGAAGAAGAAAUGGCACGAAUGUUCGGGCAGGGUUGGCAGCCGGUUUACGGCCAAGAAGUCUUAUCCUGCCGUGAAGUUGCUCCCAGGAAUUUUGGAGCAAAUUCCCGUGGUAUUGUUCAACGGGAACAGAGACAUUAUUUGCAAUUACAUCGGGACCGAGAACUUCAUCAAGCAGAUGGAGUGGAAUGGGGCCACAGGCUUCCAAGAAGAUUACGCAUAUGACUGGGUCUACGAUGGCCAGACUCUGGGGUAUAUUAAAACCGAAAGAAACUUGACGUUUAUCAACAUCUUUGAUGCCUCACACAUGGUUCCAUUCGAUAAACCCGAGCUUUCAAGAAGUUUGAUCGACGUUUUACUCAAGAACUUUGACAUAGAAACCGUUGACAUACCCGGAGACACCGAGAAGAAGGCCAUUGUCACGUAUCCGCUUGGAGUCCGUAAGUUACAUCAAGAGGUUCCCCAGCCUUCGAGUACAACUGCAGCCCCUACUUCGACCAACACCCAAGUGACUGGCUCGUUCACCCAAUUUGCAUCGUCCGGUGCUGCAGCUUCCAGUCCUGCUGAACCUUCAAGCUCUUCUGUCCCUGCUGAAGAUAAGGCCUCGGGUCUGAGUCGUAUCACCAGAAUCAUCCAGUUGGUGGUGUUGGUGAUCAUUAUAUGGGGGGUUUAUAUGUUGUAUUCAACAUAUAAACUGAGACCAUCGUCCAUCAUCAGAACAGGGCCAUCGGGCAGAAAGAAGAAUGUUCAAUGGGCAGACCAAUUGAGACUGUUCCAGAAUGAUGAGGAAGUACCACCGUCUGGAUUGUUAAACAAAGCCCUUGGAGUGUUUCGUAGAGGAGAUACCAGGGGGAACUAUACUCCAACCGACACGGAUGACUACUUGGAAGACAUAGAAAUGGGAGAGAACUUGGUGCCGGGAAAUGUGGACCAUUUCAUUGUUGACAGUGAAGAUGAAGAAGAGGUGCGCAAGAGUGGGACGUGAGACUUUCAAUAUGAAUAUGUAGAAAUAUAUGAAACAGCCAAGACCACGUACGAACAAAGCAGAUAUAGAAACAACGACAUGGAUGAACAGCCGAAUAUCCACACGGACGAAGCGGACAUAGAAAACAUUUCAUAAUCUCUUCUCACAUCUCUAGCAUCACCAAAGUCGCAC